CACCCAGACCCUCUUUUUCAGAACUCGUAUCAAAAACUGGCCGCUGUCAGCUCAGUUAGGGGAAUCCGCACAAUUUUGGCCAAUGUGAAACAACCUGAAUAGCCUAAGUUUAAAUUUGUUUCGUUUGAUUUGUCUCUUUAUCCUAGCCUAUUUGGGGGAGGUGGCCGUGUAUGGGGAAGGAGAUGAGUCCUCUCUUCUGGAUCUGUCCUCCCCACUCCGCUCCUCCGCCCUGCCUGUCAAGCUUGUGUCAGGAACAUUUCCAAUGCCAGCCUGGAAUAGUAGCUCUGUGGCAAUUCAAAGCCAAUUUAGCCCUCGACUUCUACCUAUGUGCUUUAGGCCGAUUUACUGAGUGAUCACCUGGCAGGGAAACUUGUUUAAAGAACCGUUAGAAAUUGCCAAGAUUUUGCUGAAUGCCGUUGGCCCUGCGCAUGUCAUGUUAGCUUAUGUCACGUUUAUUGUCUUCGUGCUCCUCAUGUAUGUAUGUUAAUCUUCUCCAACCAGCUCCUGAGCAACCUGAGAGAAGCCAGGGAUCCACCAGACAGCAGGGCAUAACAGAUCUUUUUCAGUGAAUAAAAAUGGAAGCCCAACUUUGAAACUUAAAAUGGUGCUUGAGCGUCCAAUACCAUUUGGGUUAAUAGAUUGGUACCAUCUCAAUAAAAACAAAAAACAAAAACCUUUUUCUCGUGGUUAAACGUAGAAUGGCCUGCAUUUUGAUCACGGUGGUUGAAUGUAUUGUGAUAGGAGUAUUGGAUAGGGAGACUGGACCCUGAGAACUUGCUGAGCCAUAUCACUGAGAAUUUUUCUAAUCUGUGAAGGGAGAAGGUUGGAGUACAUGCUUUUUAAGGACACUUCCAGCUCUAAAGGUCUAUAAUGAAAUGAGUCUAUCGCAUCUUCAUAACGUGUGUUGCAUUUCAAUGGCUUCGGAAGACUUUAUCAGAAUGUUGGUAAAAUGAGUUGUAAUUGUAAUAGCCUUUCAAAGAAGGUCGAGGCAACUUAGAGGAAAACCAACAAAUACACAGUAGGCAAAUUUGGCUUGAUCAAAAAUAAAUACAUAUGUAUUUCUAAUUUUUUAGGCUUAAACAGAUCAUUGAGUAAUUGAAUAAUUUUAUUUUUAAGUUAAAAAUACAUGCCCUCAUUUUUCUUCUGUAUAGGAUAUGGGUUUUGCCACAAGAAGAUGGUUCUACCUAUCACUGGGCUGCAUGCUGCUGAUCAAUCUGAUUAAUGCUGAUUUUGAAUUUCAAAAGGGGGUACUUGCCAGUGUCAGCCCAGGGAUCGUGGAAGACGUUGAUCUCCAGUGCUGGAACGCUUGCUCUUUGACAUUGAUAAAUCUCCAGGAACUCAAGACAGAGCACAAUGUGGAUGCUUUCUGGAAUUUCAUGUUGUUCUUGCAAAAAUCCCAGUGGCCUAGACAUUAUAAUGGCUUCUUAAGCAUAGCUCAGGAUUUCUGGAACAUGUAUGUAGACUGCUUGCUUUCAAGAUCUCAUGGAAUGGGCAGAAGACAGGUGAUGCCUCCCAACUAUAAUUUUCCACAGAAGAUAACAGGAGGACUGGAUUUUACAAAACAUGAGUUUUACAUUUAAGAGAGAGAACACAGAAAAUACCUCAAACAAGAUGACACCAACCUGAAAGUUAAAUUCUAUCAGUAUAUAUGAGCAAAUAUUUUCAGCCAAAUAUUUUCUGUAGUAUUAUCAAAAUUGUGAUUUCUAAUUCUUUAAUAUUGCUGAAGGUUGUAUUUUUGUUAAUGUGUAAUUGUUUUAUGGCUAUUGAAUUAUCAUAUGCAUCUUUUCAGGUAAUUUGUCAAUAAUAUUUAUUUAGAAGGGAUCUUUGUAAAGCAUCUUUAUUUUAAAGAAAACACUGCAAAUGCAAA